AUGAUUCUUUCAUUUUUUUAUUGGAACAGAAUGGAGUAAAAUAAGAAAAAAAAUGCUUCUCAAGAAAAAAGAGUUAUUCCUUCAAUUAGUAGUUCCUCUAUGAUCUAAUAGUAUGAACCUAGAACUCAAAUAAGGAGAUAGAUAAUUGAAGAAGAAUAAGAAAGAUAAUAAAGAAAGCGAUAAACAGAUAGGUUUCAACCUAAAGCAACAUCUGAAGAUGAUGAUUUGCAAUAUAAUUAUCUCUAAAUUGGAAAAUAAACAAAAAAAAGAUAGAAAAGCUAAACUUAAAAAUGGUAGAAAUAUGAUUAUAGAAAACAUUAAAGAAAUAGAUCAGAACAGAGAUUUACAAUAACUAAUUAAAUAUAAGGAAUUAAUAAUGAAAAGUAUAAUGAAUUUGAUGAUCUUGAUUAAAUUUCAGAUGAUAAAGCUGAUUUAUGUAUAAGAAAUCUUCCAUUAAAUAGAUUAAUGAAAAAAAUGACAAUAUGA